AUGGAUAAGGAAGGUAGCAGCACAAAGACCCCCUUGCCUGUUUCUCUGAUCUCUCCUCCGUGUGGUGAAGGGGAAAGACCAGCCAUGCAGCCAGCUCAGGGUCGGGUGUCCUUCGAAGAGGUGGCUGUGCAUUUCUCCAAGGGGGAGUGGAGCCUGCUGAGCCCAGCGCAGAGAGCCCUGUACAAGGAAGUCAUGCUGGAGAAUUUUGGGAACGUGGCCUCUCUGGGGCCUGCAAUAGCCAAACCUGACCUCAUUUCCAGGCUGGAAGGAGAAGAAGAGUCGUUUCUCCCGAUCGCUGAUGCAGAAGAGGGAUUGGCAGAAGGCGUGUGGGGGUCGAUAAAUGAAACAUCUGAGCAUCCAGAGAUGGAUAAAGGGGAUACAUAUUCAGAAGUGAAAGUGAAGGUUGAAUAUUGUGAUACCCCAAUGAAGGAGGAGAGAAAACAUCCAUCUAAAGGAAGGAGUCAUUCUGGUCUUUUACAAGGUGAAAACAGUCAUGAAAUUUUGCUAUAUGAAAAAAUGUACAUAGAAGGCAAUAGAAAUGAAGGCACAGCAACUGAGGAAAAUGUUUCUAAGAAAUCAGAGGUUAACACACAUUGGAAAACUUGGAAGAGAAAGAAAAAAUAUAAAUGCCUGGAGUGUGGAAAAAUCUUCAGUCAGACUGAACAGCUUACUACCCAUCAAAGAAUUCACACAAGGGAGAAUCCAUAUAAGUGCCUGGAGUGUGGAAAAAGCUUUAAUCAACCUGGAAACCUUUCACGCCAUCAAAUCGUUCACACAGGGGAGAAACCUUUUCAAUGCCCAGUGUGUGGAAAAAGCUUUAGUCAACGUGGAAGCCUUAAACGCCAUAAAAGAAUUCACACAAAUGAAAAACCGUAUAAAUGUCUGGAGUGUGGAAAAAGUUUCAAUCAAAAUGCACACCUUACUUCCCAUCAAAGAAUUCACACAGGGGAGAAACCAUACGAGUGCCUGGAGUGUGGAAAAAGCUUCAGUCAUCAUGGAAAUCUUACACUCCAUCAAAGAAUUCACACAGGGGAGAAACCUUAUCAAUGCCCAGAGUGUAAAAAAGGCUUUAGUGAUAGAAGAAGCCUUAAUUCUCAUCAAAGAAUUCACACAGGAGAAAACCCUAGUAGUAGUAGUAGUAGUAGUAGUAGUAGUAGUAGUAACAUUCAAUUUAUAUGUCGCCCUUCAGGACAAUUUAACACCCACUCUGAGCAGUUUACUAUUGUUAUCCCCUCUCAGAGUGUUAUUAUUAUGCCCCCAAUAACAAUCACCCUGUGAGGUGGGUCAGGCUGAGAGAGCUCUGGGAAGCGGUGACUGACCAAGGUCUCCCAGUUGGCUUCAAGUGGAGGAGCGGGGAAUCAAACCCGGUUUUCCAGAUUAGAGUCCCGCACUCUUAAACACUACACCAAACUGGCUCUCGAAAUGUGUGCAGUGUGGGAAAUGCUUCGGUCAGGGGGGAAAACUUUCUUCCCACCAAAAAAUUCAUAAAGGUUGGAAACCAUAGAAAUGCCUGAAAAGUGGAAAAGCCUUCAGUGAUACUGAAAGCCUUGAAAGAAUUCACACAAGGGAGAAACCCUAUGACUAACAGGAGUGUGCGGAAAAGCUUCAGGAUUAUUGUGCACCUUAAGUCCCACCAAAGAAUUCACAGAGGAGAAACCAUAAAAAUGCCUGGUGUGGCGGGAAAAGCUACCCUAGCUGAA